AGGACGAGGCGGGGCGGAGCUGCGGCAAGCUGGGCAGUGCUGGUGUCUGGUGGAGGCUCGGGGCGUGUCCCGGUCGGAAGGCAUGCUUGGCCGGUCCGGCUACCGGGCACUGCCCUUAGGGGAUUUUGAUCGUUUCCAGCAGUCGAGCUUCGGCUUUCUGGGUUCGCAAAAGGGCUGCUUGUCCCCAGAGCCGGGCGGCGUGGGGCCGGGGGCCGAUGCGCCGGAGAGCUGGCCCUCCUGUCUCUGCCAUGGCCUCAUCAGUUUCCUGGGGUUCUUGGUGCUGCUCCUGACCUUCCCCAUUUCCGGCUGGUUUGCUCUGAAGAUCGUGCCCACCUAUGAGAGGAUGGUUGUAUUUCGACUGGGCCGGAUCCGUACCCCCCAGGGGCCUGGCAUGGUUCUUCUCCUGCCCUUCAUUGACUCCUUCCAGAGGGUGGAUCUGAGGACCCGAGCCUUCAAUGUUCCUCCUUGCAAGUUGGCCUCUAAGGAUGGGGCUGUGCUAUCUGUGGGAGCUGACGUCCAGUUCCGCAUCUGGGAUCCAGUGUUAUCCGUGAUGGCUGUGAAGGACCUCAACACAGCCACUCGCAUGACAGCCCACAAUGCCAUGACCAAGGCUCUGCUCAGGAGGCCACUGCAAGAGAUCCAGAUGGAGAAGCUCAAGAUCGGGGACCAGCUCCUACUGGAGAUCAAUGACGUGACCAGAGCCUGGGGCCUGGAGGUGGAUCGAGUAGAGCUAGCCGUGGAGGCUGUGCUUCAGCCGCCCCAAGACAGCGCAGCUGUGUCCGGCCCAGAAAGCACCCUCCAGCAGCUGGCACUCCACCUGCUGGGGGGAAGCACGAACACAGCAAACACAGCGGUAGGAGGUGUUCCAUCCCCGGGGCCAGUGGACACCUUGGAAAUGAUAAGUGAAGUGGAGCCACCUGCCUCUCAUGCUGUGACUGAGCCCAGCCCGAAGCAGCCAUUGGCCGAGGGGCUCCUUACUGCCCUGCAACCCUUCCUGUCAGAGGCACUGGUCAGCCAGGUGGGGGCCUGCUAUCAGUUCAAUGUCAUCCUACCCAAUGGCACGCAGAGUACCUACUUCCUGGACCUUACUACAGGACAAGGCAGAGUGGGACAUGGAGUGCCUGAUGGCAUCCCGGACGUGGUGGUGGAGAUGGCUGAGGCAGACCUACAGGCCUUGUUGUGCAGGGAACUCCGGCCCUUGGGGGCCUACAUGAGCGGCCGGCUAAAGGUGAAGGGUGACCUAGCCGUGGUCAUGAAGCUGGAGGCUGUCCUCAAGGCCUUGAAGUAGCAGUAUCUGUUGUCCAUCCAUCACCUAACCCUGAACCUGGUGCCCAGCCAGAGAAGCCUCGGGAUAGGAGGUGGUGUUGGUUCAGGCCAUGGAAAACUGAGGCCUGAAGAUGUUUCAGGCCCAAGCAGGAGCCCGGGAGGCCAGGAGACAUCUGCGACUGGUCAUGGUGCGGUCAGGUGUCCUGUACUUUUGCCUGUGGUAGUUCUCUAGACAGGCCUUUGCUCAUUCAAUCCCCAACAAAGUGCCUAGUCCUGAGCUCACUACACAGUGAAGACAGACAGAGCCUGGCCUGCCCUACCCAGCUGAUAACCUAACUGGAGAGAAGCGCAGAAGCGGCCUGCAUGGCACCCAUGUGAAGGACCAAAGCACGUGGAUUAUGGCUCUGAGAUCCAGGAAGAUCAGAGGGAAAGGAAGGGAAGGGAGUGCAGCCCCCAAGAAGGUUACUGCAGUGGAUACAGGUGGACCCACCUUCCUAUUGGCAGGCCAGAUAGGCUAGGAGGGGAGGGUAUGGGACAGAGCAUUUUGCUUUUCCUGUGUGCCUGCACCUGAAGACGUGGCCUCGUCUACCAGCUCCAGCCUGCAUGUUUGAGGAGCUGGGCUCAGGGCAGCAUGAGGGAGAGCCCUACUGUCUGUGCUUACUAGAGACUUGGAGCCUCUGUCAAAUAAAUGUGGCGUUUAUGAUGUGGA